AUGAGCAUUCUGCGACCGGUAUCGAAGUUUGGAUACGCCGGGGCUCCUUGGUUCUAUGAUACUCGUAAUAGUUUCUUGAAAGAAACGGUCAGCCUCGCAGGUCCCGGUCCAAAGUUAGGGUUCCGAAAAAUUCCCGCGAUUUAUGACGACCCGAGUAUCCUACCGACUGCGCCAAUUAUAACGGCUGAGUCGAGAAUGAGACGCGAUGAUUCUGUAAAGAGUAUAACCAAGUUUUCCCCGGGCCGGCGCAGCGAGCAACGCCCGGCGCUCACUCUAGGCUUACGGCAGAAUUCUCUGACUAUCAGCACACUUGCACAGCAAGCCGCCUAUCUAGCUGAAAAGGCGAGGAAAACAGACGCUGGGGAUCCUAAUGAACAAGCGAAUGCUAGCUCAUUUUUAAGACUAUUUAGAUUUGCGAAACCAUGGGAACUAUUAGUGCUGCUCUUGGGCUUGAUCUUCGCAUCGCUAAAUGGGCUGAUGGUGCCAGCUGGUGUGAUCAUCUACGGCGAAUUUACAUCCCUUCUUAUAGAACGCACCAUUAUGUCUGGUACAUCCACUCCAGUACUUUGCAUCGGCUGGUUUGGUGGUGGGAGACAACUAACAAACGCGUCGGCCGAAGAGAACCGUCUAGCACUAAUUGAGGAUUCAAGAGCAUUUGGGAUCGGUUGCUCAGCGUUCUCAGUGAUACAAUUCAUUGUUGGUGCUCUGAGCGUCGAUCUGUUUAAUUACACCGCACUAAAACAGAUAAAUAGAUUGAAAGAACGAUUCCUGAAAGCUAUAAUUAGACAAGACAUCACGUGGUACGAUCUAAACCAGACUAUGAAUUUUGCUACUAAGGUGUCAGAUGACGUGGAGAAGUACCGUGAAGGUAUAAGCGAAAAGGUGCCUAUGCUUGUCUACUUGGUGAUGUCGUUUGUGACUGCUGUCAUCAUAUCGUUCGCGUACGGUUGGGAGUUGACUUUAGUCAUAUUGUCCUGUGCACCUAUUAUUAUAGCCACUACCGCUGUGGUUGCUAAGAUCCAAUCAUCCUUGACGACACAAGAACUUAAAGCUUACAGUGUUGCGGGAGUUAUUGCAGAGGAAGUCUUAUCUUCUAUUCGCACGGUCGUCGCUUUUGGCGGAGAAGAGAAGGAAAUAGCGAGGUACUCCAAACGAUUAGAACCAGCUAAAAAAAUGGGAAUACGCAAAGGUAUAUUCUCUGGUAUUGGCAGCGGUAUAAUGUGGCUCAUUAUCUACGCCACGUACGCACUCUCCUUUUGGUACGGAGUCGGUUUGAUCUUGGAUAGCAGACACGAACAAAACCCAGUGUAUACACCUGGCGUACUGAUGAUCAUAUUCUUCAGCGUCCUUCAAGGAGCUCAAAACGUGGGUCUUACAGCGCCUCACUUAGAAGCCUUGGCAAACGCAAGAGCGUCCGCUGGUUCCAUAUUCGCGGUGUUGGAUAGAAAACCAACCAUAGAUAGUCUUUCGACUGAAGGUAGUCGGCCUGAGCUCAGCGGUGAUCUUGAGUUGAAAGACGUUCAUUUUAAAUACCCUGCGCGGGCGGAUGUUAAGGUUCUGAAUGGUUUGAAUCUAAAAAUCAACCGAAAUGAGACGGUAGCGUUGGUCGGUUCAAGUGGGAGCGGCAAGUCGACGGUCCUGCAACUUCUGCAGCGCAUGUAUGACCCGGAGUCAGGUUCUGUAACGGCAUCUGGACACGACCUGCGUGAUAUUAACGUGCGACACUAUCGGAAUCACAUCGCCGUUGUGGGACAGGAGCCAGUUCUUUUCGCUGGUUCCAUUAAGGAAAAUAUUCGUCUGAGCAAUCCAUCAUGCACAGAUGAAGAAAUAAUCAUUGCAGCGAAGCAAGCCUACUGCCACAAUUUCAUUAAGAAUUUACCUGACGGUUAUGACACAAUGAUUGGAGAACGAGGUGCCCAGUUAUCUGGUGGCCAGAAACAACGGAUAGCCAUCGCUCGCGCUCUGGUUAGACGUCCUAAGAUCCUCAUUUUGGAUGAAGCCACUUCCGCCCUGGAUUCGCACAGUGAGGCCAAGGUACAGCGGGCUCUAGACUCCGCUGCUCAUGGGCGGACCACCAUCAUGGUGAGCCACAGGUUAGCCACAGUAUUAAACGCAAACCGUAUCGUAUUUAUCGAAAAGGGUGAAGUAAUCGAAGAAGGAACUCACGAAGAACUUCUGGAGUUAAAGGGUCAUUAUUAUCAGUUGGUCCUUCAGAAUGAACCAAGUAUAGCUCCAAAUACUACUACUACUGAAGAGGGUAAAGAUAAACCAGCCGCUAACUUUGAUCCCACCGCAGAUGCAAAGUUUCGUAGAGCGAAACUUCAGAAACUGGAAUCUGUUGAUUCCAUCAAGAGUUCUUCGGCUGAGGAAGAUGAAACAGUUUCUGAGAACAGCGUAGUUUUGGAUGAAGAGAAACCUGGAGAAUUUGAACCGACCACCUGGCAGAUAUUAAAGUUGUGCGAACCUGAGAAGUGGUUGAUGUUGAUAGGUAUUGGCGCCGCGAUCGCUGUUGGCUCCUCCUUCCCCUGCUUUGCGGUGCUUUUCGGUGAAACAUACGGUUUAUUGGAGAGCAAAGACGAAGACUACGUUCGUUCGGGUACCAACCUGAUUGCGGUGCUGUUUCUACUGGUGGGAGUGUACACCGGCAUCGGUAUAUUCUUCCAAAUAUUCAUAUUCAAUUUGACUGGCGUUAGGCUCACAGAACGGCUGAGGAUCGGGGCGUUCAGAGCUAUGCUCCGUCAAGAGAUGGGUUGGUAUGAUAACCCCGUGAACGGAAUAGGUGCGCUUUGCAGUCGUCUCGCUGCUGAUGCUGCUGCUGUGCAGGGGGCUACAGGAACUCGUAUCGGUGCAUUAAUGCAGGCAUCAGCUACUAUAUUCAUUGGAAUCAGCCUCUCCAUGUACUACACUUGGCAAAUGACGCUGGUCUCCCUGGUCUCCGUGCCAAUGGUGAUUGGUGCUGUUGUCUUGGAGAGCAGAAUCCUCGCUGAAGGCAUAGCCACUGUGCGAGAGGCUUCGAACAGAGCGAAUACGAUCGCUACGGAAGCGAUUACCAACAUACGAACCGUUUCCGCCUUUUGUGGAGAAGAAGGCGUGCUAAACCGAUACCGCGAAGCUGGUGCCAGUGCUCACCAAGCUGCACGUAACAGCAUGCGUUGGCGCGGCGUGGUCUUCUCUUUCGGCCAGACAGCCCCAGUAGCUGGUUACGCCCUGUCGUUGUGGUACGGAGGAGUACUAGUCGCCAACAAGGAGGUGCCUUAUAAGGAUGUAAUUAAAGUAUCGGAAGCUCUCGUCUUCGGCGCGUGGAUGAUGGGUCAGGCGUUAGCGUUUGCGCCUAAUUUUGGAGCUGCUGUUUUAGCAGCUGGUAGAGUCAUGACGCUGCUUGAGAGGAGAACUGCUAUCGAGAGCACGCAUGCACCAUCUGUCCCGGAACAUUAUGUAGCGAAGGGCAAAAUCCAAUACAAGAACAUCAAGUUUCGCUAUCCCACUCGCCGCGAAGUGGAAGUUCUUCGCGGUCUGUCUCUCGUCAUACCCAGUGGGAAGCGUGUGGCGCUGGUGGGGCCAAGUGGGUGUGGAAAGUCGACGCUGAUGCAGCUGCUCCAGAGAUUGUACGAUCCGGAUGAUGGCACUGUCUUCUUAGACGACUACAGUAUAGUAAGCGACAUGCGACUAUCGACUUUACGCGGCAACCUCGGUAUAGUGUCACAAGAGCCAGUUUUGUUUGAUCGCACUAUAGCUGAGAACAUCGCGUACGGAGAUAACACGAGAUCGGUGCCGAUUGAGGAGAUUGUCUCCGCUGCUAAGGCUGCGAAUGUGCAUACUUUUAUUGCUGCUUUACCAACGGGUUAUGAUACUAGGAUCGGCGCACGCGCAUCCCAGCUUUCUGGAGGACAGAAACAGCGCAUAGCAAUCGCUCGGGCGCUUAUUCGAAACCCAAGGGUAUUAUUGCUUGACGAGGCGACAUCAGCCCUUGAUACUCACAGCGAAAAGGUGGUUCAAGAAGCGCUAGACAGAGCUAGCGAAGGCCGAACAUGCCUCAUAAUAGCCCACAGACUAGCCACGAUCCAGAACGCAGACAUGAUUUGUGUGAUCGACCGAGGAGUUGUCUCCGAGAUGGGUACGCACCAAGAGCUGAUAGCUCUGAAGAGGAUAUACGCUCGAUUAUACGAGUUACAGUGCGGCUUUGUUGAAGAGAGCGAAGAGAAUUUAGAUUCGCAAACCUAA